CGUACAUCAGGUGGUGGGCUCUGGGCUGAGGCACUUGACUCUGAUACAGAUAGCCUAUGCAGCGACUCAGCCGACGGGCGCUCGCACGCCCUGAAUGACGAUCUCGACUUCACAGAGGAGGCUGACUUUGAACGGCUCCUAGAAACUCGUGCCAUCGAUCUGGAAGGAGGAAACAUUAUCCGCCGCCGCAUUGCCUACAAGCGGCUGGAGAAUGAGCUCGUCACGCUUACCUUUCCGACCGACCCUGUUGGCUUGCCGUAUGGUCAAUAUCUCGAACAGCCAAAACAGAUUGGCGGGUGUCUCUACCUCCUGGGCCAAUCUCGUUUGGCCGAGAUUGACAUCAAGAAUUUUGACGCAACCGAUCCUAAGCGAUGGGCAACAUCUCACGCCAUCAGAACCUUGGAGCGUUUCCUGGAAAACUUUCCGUGA